GAAAGACGGAGGAAUCUCGCCAGAGCCGCGGAUAGGGAUAACCAUUAACCACGCACGCCGCCGAGUGAAGAAGACCUUGUUUCUCUUUCUUUUGUUUGUUCCUCUUCUCCGUUCCCCGCAGCGACACGGUUGCUUCUCCCCGCGGCGGCAUCUCUCCCAGCACCGACCGACCUACGUCGAGGGUAUCGCGACGGCGCCGUAACUCCUAAGUAGCCGGACGGGGGGACGAUGGAGGACCACGGCGGCGGGCGGCGGGUGGGGGAGUACAUGCUGGUGCGGCCGAUCGGGUCGGGGGCCUACUCGCAGGUGUGGCUGGGGAAGCACCUCGUGCGGGGCACGGAGGUGGCCGUGAAGGAGAUCGCCAUGGAGCGGCUCAGCAGCAAGCUCCGCGACAGCCUCCUCUCCGAGGUCGACAUCCUCCGCCGCAUACGCCACCCCAACAUCAUCGCACUUCACGACUCCAUUAAGGAUAGUGGGAGGAUAUAUCUCAUAUUGGAGUACUGUCGAGGUGGUGACUUGUACUCUUACCUUAUGCGGCAUAAAAGGGUUCCUGAAACAGUUGCUAAGCAUUUCAUCCGGCAGCUAGCAUGUGGUCUGCAGAUGCUUCGUGACAAUAAUGUGGUUCAUCGAGAUCUAAAGCCCCAGAACAUUCUUCUUGUUGCAAACAAUGAAAAUUCAAUCUUGAAGAUUGCCGAUUUUGGAUUUGCAAAAUUCUUACAACCUUCUUGUCUAGCUGAAACACUUUGUGGUUCACCACUUUACAUGGCUCCAGAAGUCAUGCAAGCUCAGAAGUAUGAUGCAAAGGCGGAUCUGUGGAGUGUUGGUAUUAUUCUAUAUCAACUUGUUACUGGAUCUCCCCCUUUUAAUGGGGAUAAUCAAAUCCAGUUGCUGAAAAACAUACUAAAGUCAGGUCAAUUAAGAUUCCCAUCUGAUUGUGAGUUGAGCCAUGAAUGCAUUGACUUGUGCAGAAAGUUACUGAGAAUCAGUUCAGUGGAACGCCUUACAGUUGAAGAGUUCGUGAACCACCCAUUUCUUUUUGAACAUGCUCCAGAGAGAACCUUGAGUCGGACACCGUCAGACACAAGAGACGGCUUUCCCUUCAUUAAAAGCAGUCCAACAAGGCUUUCAAGCCAGAGUUCCCAAGAAGAUUGUAUGCCUUUCCCUUUAGAUUUGUCAACUGGACAGGAUGAGGGUGCUGUUCCCGAGAGUAGUAGCCCACUGAAAUCUUAUGGGUUUGCCACAAAUAAACAGCUGGAUAAAACUUCAGGUCAGAGUCCAUCAAAGCAUACAGGUCUGUUCUCCAAAUAUAUUAUGGGUAAUAAUUAUGCGCAUAGUAAUCAACGGAUGGACCAUCCUGGUAAAAGGACCAAGGAAAGCAAGAUUGGUGUGGGACGUGAUCCUAAAGGUGGCUAUCCAGAAGAUUCCCCUAUCAUUGAUUCAUUAGAGUUUGUAGAUCAGGAAUAUGUCUUUGUGCCUGGAAAUCCAGAGGGGUCCUCUUCUUCAACAAGUGCUUCUCUACAGCGCAACCUGCCGUUAAAAUAUGACUAUUCCUCUGUUUCACCACCAGACUUAGCUGCUCUGAGUGCACCAAUGCCAAUAAAUGGCACGGCAAUAAACAGACAACAGUCUGCUGGAACUGGUAGCUUGGACAGUCAUUGUUCUCCAGUAUCUGGUACUUCACAGGGAUCUGCGUACCUGAGCGAUGGCAUGGAUCAACCACCAUCCGAUUAUCUGACAAGGAUUAGAUUAUUGGGGCGUUAUGCAUCUGCCAUAGUGGAGUUGGUCAAACGAGAGAUGAAAGAUGGUAGGCACUUGGAGGCAUUCUCAAUCCAGCUAAUUGUUCUUGCAACCUGGAAGCAAGCAAUUCACAUAUGCAAUUUCUAUGCGGCUUCAGCUUCAAGAGAGAGUCCUUCCCAUGAUAUCAUUAUGAAGGGGCUUGAUGCUGAUGCUCCCCAUUUGCUUGCAAACUCUCAACUGGCUAAUGAUGAAUGCAUGCAGAUUGAGAGGCAGUUCCUCAUUGAUGUUGAAUGUGCUGAAGAACUUGCCAGCACUGUAGGACAGAUACCUGAUGCUACAGCAAUGCCUGACGCGGUUGAAAUAAUAUUUCAAUCUGCACUUGAAUUAGGAAGACAUGGUGGUGUUGAUGAGAUGAUGGGGAAAGUGGCACUUGCCAUUUCGCAGUAUACAAAGGCAGUGUGUAUGCUGCGUUUUCUCCUGACAGAGGCACCGUCGCUCGCCCUCAAUCCCCCCUUGUCCCUAGCAAGAUCUGACCGGCACCGACUGCGCUCAUACAUUGAAGCCCUCAACACUAGGCUCGGCCAGUUGCAAUGCCAGAGGCACUGACUGCUGCGGUUAGGCCUUCAGGUCUGACUUGUACAAUAUUCGUUCAUUUGUACAUAUAUUUGUUUGCCCAAACGAGGGCUGUAAGAUAAGCAUGUCAGAGAUCGCGCGAGUAGAGAAAUCCAGUGUAACUUGCCCAAACCACUAUCAUAACGUGAGCAAUGUGUGAGUGAGGUGUUAACGUAUACAUGGUUUAUUCUGCACAAAAUCAAAGCUGCAGCCAACCAUGGUCAAAAUGUAAACAGACUGCUUCCUCGAUAGUUGUUUAUUUAUUGGGCUCUUGCACGA